AUGACCGACGAGACCCCCAGUCCGAUGCUGGCCCUGGCCCGUCAAUUGGAGGCCGCGACGAACAACCCCGGCCAGCUACCCCCCGCUAGCGAUGCACUGCACUCCCGAAUCCUCUCCGCGGCGCGUAAGCUCCUAACCGACCUGGAGACUCCCGAGAGUCAAUUGAUGCACCUAGCCAAAGCACCCGUGGCACACGGGGUGUUGCGCGCCGCUCUGCGCAUCCGACUGUUCGAGCGCUUCGAUGAGGGGCCCACUACCACCACGGACCUGGCGCGACGCUGCGGCGUUGAUGUCGCACUCCUCGUCCGUCUUAUGCGAACGCUGGCAGCCAUUGGCAUCUUCACUGAGCCCAGCCCGGGCCUUUACGCUCAUACUAUACAAUCGGAAACUUUGCGCCAGGCUGAACAUCGUGCCGUUAUCCAGGGCAUGGCCGAGACUGCCACGCUCAUGACGGCGCUUCCAGACUUCCUCCAGGCCCACCAAUGGCAGGACCCAGUCGAUGUUCAGCCCACUCUUUUUGGCUUCGCCCAUCAGACCGACCAGACCAUGUUCGAGUGGUUUGAGUCGCAACCAGAGCAGCGCGCCAUCUUCGCCGCCUUCCAAUCCAGCACAGCUGCCCUCGCCGUUUGCCAGCUGCAACCCUUCCUCCGCAGUCUUCUAACCGCCCCCUCCCCCUCUUCCUCUGAUGAUUUGUCUGAUAGGCCCAGAGAAGUCACACUAGUCGAUGUUGGAGGCGGACGAGGUGCUGUGCUCCGCCAGGUUUGCCACGAGCUCGAUCCCGCGCCUCGCGGUCGGAUCGUACUUCAAGACCUCCCAAAGGUCCUGGAGGGUGUGGAGGGCGGCGAGAGAGUUGAAGUAAUGCCUUACAGCUUUCUCGAUCCCCAACCCGUUCACGGAGCUCAUACCUACCUCUUCCGCCACAUCUUCCACAAUUGGAGCGACGGCGUUGUCGCGAAAAUUUUACAAAAUACGGUGGCCGCCAUGGGGCCGACCUCACGGCUGGUCAUUGUCGACCUGGUGCUGCCGGAUGGGGGUGGCGCAUCGCCCUAUGCUGCAUUCCUGGAUGUAAGCAUGAUGGCGUUUGGCGGGAUGGAACGCACCGAGGCCCAGUGGCGGAGGAUCUUAGAAAUUGCGGGGCUGCAGGUGCGCAGGAUUGAGCCAUUGGAUGCGCUGACGCCGGGGUCGGAUCAAGUCAUUGAGGCGGGGUUACUUUAA